UGCUGAGAUAUAAAGACAGACACCGGCGAUCCUGUUGCACACUUACAUGAUAUCUGUUUAGUUACUCAAAGUUGAGAAGUGGUGGUUUCUUUUCUCUGUGAAAAUGUCUGGAAAGAUCGUGUUGCAUUACUUCAAUGGAAGAGGGAGAAUGGAGUCAAUCCGGUGGCUUUUGGCUGCAGCUGGAGUUGAGUUUGAGGAAGUGUUUUUAACCAAAAGGGAGCAGUUUGAAAAGUUGAACAAUGAUGGAGCCCUGAUGUUUAACCAGGUGCCUUUGGUUGAGAUAGAUGGAAUGCAGCUUGUGCAGACAACGGCUAUCUUGAACUACAUUGCUGGAAAAUACAACCUCAACGGAAAGGACCUUAAAGAGCGAGCAAUGAUUGACAUGUAUGUUGAAGGAAUCGGUGACUUAAUGGAUUUGAUGACAGUUUUGCCGUUCUUACCACCUGACAACAAGCAGAAACAGCUGGCAAACAUAGAGAGCAAGGCAAAAGACCGCUUGCUUCAAUUGUUUGAAAAGGCUCUUGCACACGGUCAGUUCCUUGUGGGAAACCAGUUAAGCCGUGCUGAUGUUCUUCUCCUUGAGGUCACACUGAUGUUGCAAGAACUAUUCCCUGAAAUACUUUCAACGUUUCCCAAACUUCAGGAAUUCCAGGGCAGAAUAAAGGCCAUUCCAACCAUCAGCAAGUUCCUCAAGCCUGGUAGUGCAAGAAAAAACCCACCUGAUGAGGCUUAUGUGAAAACUGUGAAGGAAGUGUUGAGCCAUUUAUUUAAAUAGGAGUUCCAUUAGAAAUGACAAAUUAUGGACCAAACUGAAAUUUAAACAUGGAUUCUGUCAAUCAUUAAUACAUUUUUAAAUAAGUCUUGUUCAUUUUCCAUUUACAAUAAAUAUGUACAAUAACUCA